AACCGUCGGCGUUUGAAACUCGGGCGCGCCGGCGGCCAUCAAGGGCUGGAAGCGCGGCAGCGGCAGCAACUAGGCUCGCCCCCGGCGCGGAGCAGACGCAUAUCCAGACCCCUCCUUCCUGGCGGCGGCGGCGCGGGCUCAGAGCCCGGCAACGGGCGGGCAGGCAGAAUGAGUCUGCAGGUCUUAAACGACAAAAAUGUCAGCAGUGAAAAAAGUACAGAAAAUUGCGACUUCCUGUUUUCCUCACCAGAAGUUACCGGAAGAUCGUCUGUUCUUCGUGUGUCACAGAAAGAAAAUGUGCCACCCAAGAACGUGGCCAAAGCUAUGAAGGUGACUUUUCAGACACCUCUGCGGGAUCCACAGACGCACAGGAUUCUAAGUCCUAGCAUGGCCAGCAAACUUGAGGCUCCUUUGGCUCAGGGUGAUACCCUUGGACUGGAAAACUGUCACCCGGUGUGGACGCAGAAAGAGAACCAACAGCUCAUCAAGGAAGUGGAUGCCAAAACUACUCAUGGAAUUCUACAGAAACCAGUGGAGGCUGACGCCAACCUCCUGGGGGAUGCAAGCCCAGCCUUUGGGAGUGGCAGCGCCAGCGAGCCUGGCCCGGGUGCCCUGGCUGACCUGGACUGCUCAAGUUCUUCCCAGAGCCCAGGAAGUUCUGAGAACCAAAUGGUGUCUCCAGAAAAAGUGUCUGGCAGCCCUGAACAAGCCUUGGAGGAAAAUAUUAGUUCCUAUUCCUUAGACAGAAAAAUGACACCCACCUUUGAGACCCUAGAAGACCCUUCCAGGACAGAGUCCCAGCACAAAGCAGAGACUCCACACAGAGCCAAGGAAGAAUGCCGGCAUGGUGGGGUCUCUGCUCCCACAGCAGGGGCCACUUCGCCUCCUAGUGCGAUCCCUGAGGAAGCCUGUGGAGGAGCACCCCUGGGGGGUCUGCCUGGUGAGGCCCUGGCCUGCCCUGUGGGUAUGGGCACCCCCGUGCCAGCAGAUGACACUCAGGCCCUUCCCUGUGCACACACUUCUUGUCCUGAGAGCACAGCCCCGACCAGCCACCUGGUGACUGGCAGGGCCAUGACCCUGAGUCCUCAGGAAGAAGCAGCUGUGGACCAAAUGGCCAGCUCCUCGAGGAACGGACCCAUAAAACUAGAAUUUGAUUUAUCUGAUGGUGCUACCAGCAAAAGGGCAGCCCCACCAAGGAGACUGGGAGAGAGAUCUGGCCUCAAGCCUCCCUUGAGGAGAGCAGCAGCGAGGCAGCAAAAGGCCCUGCGGGAGGUGGAGGAGGACCCCCCCAUGCUGGCUUCUCGGGGCUCUUACCACCUCGACUGGGACAAACUGGAUGACCCAAACUUCAACCCGUUCAGAGGUGACACCCUGUCUGGUCACAGAGAGGCCCAGCCCCCAGAAAGCCCUGAGACCAGGCUGGGCCGGCCAGCGUCUGAACAGCUGAGUGCUGGGCCUGCCACGGAGGAGCCAGGCACGUGUCUGAGCCAGCAGCUGCAUUCAGCCUCAGCGGAGGACACACCUGUGGUGCAGCUGACAGCUGAGACCCCAAGAGCAGAGAGCAAGGAGGGAGCCUUGAACUCUGCCAGCAUCUCGCUUCCCACAAGCUGUCCGGGCAGUGAGCCAGUGCCCACCCAUCAGCAGGGGCAGCCUGCCUUCGAGCUGAAAGAGGAGAGCUUCAGAGACCCCGCUGAGGUUCUAGGCAUGGGCGCAGAGGUGGAUUACCUGGAGCAGUUUGGAACUUCCUCGUUUAAGGAGUCGGCCUUGAGGAAGCAGUCCUUGUACCUCAAGUUCGACCCCCUGCUGAGGGACAGUCCUCGUAGACCAGUGCCCGUGGCCGUGGAGACCAGCAGGUACGCGCGCCAGCCCUCCCCCACGCGUGGAGCCUUGAGUGUGGGAAGGCUGCAGGCUGUUCCUAGCAUGCACGGUGCAAAUGAGCCUCCCUCAGGAAGUCCGCGGGAAGCCAAGCUUGUGGAGUUCGAUUUCUUGGGAGCACUGGACAUUCCUGUGCCAGGCCCACCUCCAGGUGUCCCCGCACCUGGGGGCCCACCCCUGUCCACCGGGCCUAUAGUGGACCUGCUCCAGUACAGCCAGAAGGACCUGGAUGCAGCGGUAAAGGCUACACAGGAGGAGAACCGGGAGCUGAGGAGCAGGUGUGAGGAGCUCCACGGGAAGAACCUAGAGCUGGGGAAAAUCAUGGACAGGUUCGAAGAGGUCGUGUACCAGGCCAUGGAGGAAGUUCAGAAACAGAAGGAACUUGCCAAAGCUGAAAUCCAGAAAGUUCUAAAAGAAAAAGACCAACUUACUACAGACCUGAAUUCCAUGGAGAAGUCCUUCUCCGACCUCUUCAAGCGUUUUGAGAAACAGAAGGAGGUGAUCGAGGGCUACCGCAAGAACGAAGAGUCACUGAAGAAGUGUGUGGAGGAUUACCUGGCGAAGAUCACCCAGGAAGGCCAGAGGUACCAAGCCCUGAAGGCGCAUGCGGAGGAGAAGCUGCAGCUGGCAAACGAGGAGAUCGCCCAAGUCCGGAGCAAGGCCCAGGCGGAAGUGUUGGCCCUCCAGGCCAGCUUGAGGAAGGAGCAGAUGCGGAUCCAGUCGCUGGAGAAGACAGUGGAGCAGAAGACUAAAGAGAAUGAGGAGCUGACCAGGAUCUGCGACGACCUCAUCUCCAAGAUGGAGAAGAUCUGACCUCCCGGGUGCCGCUGUCCCGCCCCUGCUCCCGUCCGUCGUCUCGUCUGAUUUUCUUAGGUGUCGUGUUCUUUUUUCUGUCUUGUCUUCAACUUUUUUUUUUUUUUUUUUUAACUAGAUUGCUUUGAAAAGAUGAGUAAAUAAAAGUUUCCUUUCAGUUUAAA